AGCCUGUGGUGGAGCCUGUGGUGGAGCUAGUCUGCUCGGUUAGGACCUCGGAGAGCGCCGGGCGUCAAUACGAAAAGGACUGGAUAAGCAGCUGGUGACGGGUCGAACUAACGCCUGCGAGCCCGCCUCCCUCCGCACCCUGAGCUUCCCCGGCUGACAGGCAGCUAGCAGCGGCUGUGGAAGUUUUUAAAAUGAAGAAGUUUAAUUUCCGAAAAGUUUUGGAUGGCUUAACUGCGUCCUCCCCUGGCAGUGGUAGCAGCAGUGGCAGUAACAGUGGUGGUGGGGCUGGAAGUGGUUCCAUGCACUCAGGAGGGACUGCAGGGGUUCUCAGAGAAGAGAUACAGGAAACCCUGACUUCAGAGUAUUUCCAGAUCUGCAAGACAGUACGGCAUGGUUUUCCUUAUCAACCCACAGCAUUAGCCUUUGAUCCAGUUCAGAAAAUCUUGGCUAUUGGAACAAGAACAGGUGCUAUAAGAAUACUCGGGAGACCUGGAGUUGAUUGUUAUUGCCAACAUGAAAGUGGUGCAGCUGUUCUGCAGCUCCAGUUCUUAAUCAAUGAGGGUGCUUUGGUCAGUGCAGGUUCAGAUGAUACACUUCAUUUGUGGAACCUUAGACAAAAAAGACCAGCUAUUCUUCAUUCUCUUAAAUUUAAUCGAGAACGAAUUACUUACUGUCAUCUACCUUUCCAGAGUAAAUGGCUCUAUGUUGGAACAGAAAGAGGAAAUACACAUAUUGUAAAUAUUGAAUCUUUCAUUCUUUCUGGAUAUGUUAUCAUGUGGAACAAGGCAAUUGAACUAUCCACAAAGACUCAUCCAGGUCCAGUUGUACAUUUAAGUGAUAGCCCAAGAGAUGAAGGGAAACUGCUAAUAGGUUAUGAAAAUGGUACUGUGGUAUUCUGGGACUUGAAAUCUAAAAGAGCUGAACUGAGAGUUUAUUAUGAUGAGGCUAUUCAUUCAAUUGAUUGGCAUCAUGAGGGCAAACAGUUCAUGUGCAGCCAUUCAGAUGGAAGCUUGACUUUAUGGAAUCUGAAAAACCCAAGUCGUCCUUUCCAGACCACAGUUCCACAUGGAAAAAGUCAAAGAGAAGGAAGAAAAUCUGAAUCUUGCAAACCAAUUCUUAAAGUAGAAUACAAGACCUGUAGAAACAGUGAACCAUUUAUAAUAUUUUCUGGUGGACUGUCCUAUGACAAAGCUUGCAGAAGACCAAGUUUAACCAUAAUGCAUGGAAAAGCAAUUACAGUACUUGAAAUGGAUCAUCCUAUUGUUGAAUUUCUAACUUUAUGUGAAACACCCUAUCCGAAUGAAUUUCAAGAACCCUAUGCAGUUGUAGUACUUCUGGAGAAAGAUCUCAUUGUAGUUGAUCUGACACAGAGCAAUUUUCCAAUCUUUGAAAAUCCAUAUCCCAUGGACAUUCAUGAAUCACCAGUUACUUGCACAGCAUACUUUGCCGACUGCCCUCCAGAUUUGAUUCUAGUACUCUAUGCUACAGGAGUUAAGCAUAAAAAACAAGGAUACAGUAAUAAGGAGUGGCCAAUCACUGGAGGAGCUUGGAACCUUGGAACACAAACAUAUCCAGAAAUUAUUAUUACCGGUCAUGCAGAUGGAUCAAUAAAAUUUUGGGAUGCUUCUGCAAUAACUCUACAGAUGCUGUACAAGCUAAAAACUUCAAAAGUGUUUGAAAAACAGAAGAUAGGAGAAGGAAAACAAACCUGUGAAAUUGUAGAGGAAGAUCCAUAUGCCAUUCAGAUGAUUUACUGGUGUCCAGAGAGCAGAAUAUUCUGUGUUUCAGGAGUCUCUGCAUAUGUCAUAAUUUAUAAAUUUAGCAAACAUGAAGUAACAACAGAAAUAGUGUCAUUAGAGGUUCGACUUCAGUAUGAUGUUGAAGACAUUAUUACCCCAGAACCAGAAACAAGUCCUCCAUUUCCAGAUCUCUCAUCUCAGCUUCCUUCUUCAAGGAGUCUUUCUGGGAGCACUAACACUGUGUCUAGUGAGGGAGUAACAAAGGACAGUAUCCCAUGUCUCAAUGUUAAGACACGGCCAGUGCGGAUGCCUCCAGGGUAUCAAGCAGAACUCGUUAUUCAGUUGGUGUGGGUGGAUGGUGAACCCCCUCAACAGAUUACUAGUCUUGCUGUAAACUCAGCAUAUGGAAUAGUUGCAUUUGGGAACUGCAAUGGGUUGGCUGUGGUGGAUUUUAUACAGAAGACAGUACUGUUAAGCAUGGGGACCAUUGACCUAUAUAGAUCAAGUGACCUAUACCAACGACAACCACGGUCUCCUCGAAAAAACAAGCAGUUCAUUGCAGACAACUUUUGCAUGCGUGGCCUGUCUAACUUUUAUCCUGAUUUAACGAAACGGAUCCGUACCUCCUAUCAGAGUUUAACUGAGUUGAAUGACAGUCCAGUUCCCCUGGAACUUGAGCGCUGCAAGUCUCCCACUUCAGGACUUCCUACCAGAACUCCUGAGGCAGCACCAGGCUUUUAUAGGAAUGAGAUACCAGCUGUGAGACAGAGGAAUCAAGUACAUCACUUGCCAGUUAAAGGAUCAAGAAAGUUAAGUCUGCCAACAGAUCUUAAGGCUGAUCUUGAUCAUGUAAAUGGACACUGCACAAGUCCAACUUCUCAUAGUUGCAGUUCUGGAAAGCGUCUUUCUAGUGCUGAUAUUUCAAAAGUGAAUCGCUGGGGGCCUGGGAGACCACCAUUUCGAAAAGCACAGUCAGCUGCUUGCAUGGAGAUUUCUUUACCAGUUACAAUAGAAGAAAGCCGAGAAAAUUCCUAUAAUCGUUCUAGAAGCUCUAGCAUCUCCAGUAUUGACAAAGAUUCUAAAGAAGCAAUUACAGCACUAUACUUCAUGGAGUCCUUUGCUCGGAAAAAUGACUCUACCAUCUCCCCUUGUUUGUUUGUCGGAACUAGCCUGGGAAUGGUGUUGAUCAUCUCCCUGAACCUACCUUCAGCAGAUGAACAAAGAUUCACAGAGCCAGUCAUGGUAUUGCCAAGUGGUACAUUCCUGUCAUUGAAAGGAGCUGUGCUAACAUUCUCCUGUAUGGAUCGAACUGGUGGACUAAUGCAACCAUCAUAUGAAGUUUGGAGGGACCCAAACAACGCAGAUGAAAAUGAGAAAUCUUGGAGAAGGAAACUGGUCGUAAACUGUCCCUCUCUGUCACAAGAAAUAGGAGAUCAUCAGUAUACAAUAAUCUGCUCAGAAAAACAAGCCAAAGUUUACUCACUGCCUUCUCAGACUUGCCUUUAUGUUCAUAACAUCACCGAGACAUCUUUUCUACUGCAAGCAGAUGUAGUGGUCAUGUGUAACAGUGCCUGCCUGGCAUGCUUUUGUGCCAAUGGGCAUAUCAUGAUAAUGAGCCUACCUAGUCUCCGCCCAAUGUUGGAUGUUAAUUAUCUGCCACUGACAGACAUGCGGAUAGCACGGACAUUCUGUUUCACCAACGAAGGACAGGCAUUAUACCUCGUCUCUCCGACUGAAAUUCAGCGGUUAACAUACAGCCAGGAGAUGUGUGAUAAUCUACAGGACAUGCUGGGAGAUUUGUUUACUCCCAUAGAAACACCAGAAGCUCAAAACAGAGGUUUUCUAAAGGGACUGUUUGGUGGAAGUGGACAGACAUUUGAUAGAGAAGAGCUCUUUGGGGAAGCUUCAGCAGGAAAAGCGUCCCGCAGCCUCGCACAACACAUUCCUGGGCCCGGUGGCAUCGAAGGGGUGAAAGGCGCUGCCGGCGGGGUGAUGGGAGAGCUGACUCGCGCACGGAUCGCACUGGACGAGAGAGGGCAGAGGCUAGGAGAGCUGGAGGAGAAAACUGCGGGCAUGAUGACCAGUGCAGAAGCAUUUUCCAAACAUGCACAUGAGUUAAUGCUGAAAUAUAAGGAUAAGAAAUGGUACCAGUUCUAAACUCCUAAAGAAGCUGGGGCUGCUCUGAGAAACCAUGAUUCAGGGAAACCAAAUCUUUUCCCAGCAUCACUAUUCGACUGCUAGACCAGUUUCUUCUACAAAAUGUUCCAUUACAGUCCAUCUGAAGUUAUCACAAGAGAGACUUAUCAGAGACACUGUACAACCGAAAGUCUGGAACCCUGGUUAGAAUCCCGAGGUAUGGCUGAAUUUGCCUUUUCCCACGUGGAUUGGAGGUAUCAUCUUGGCACAUCAUUUGCUAAGGAUUUAUAUUCAGGAACUACGGGGAGUUCUCCUGAUUUGAAAAAAAACCCUGUACAAACAAAAGCAUUAAUGCACUUAAUGAAAAAAAUCUUUGCAUGAUAAAUUAACAUCUUAAGAGGAAAAGAAAAAAAGCAUGUUGUGAUAGAAGAAAAAAAGAUUAAUGGUAAACUAUUUUUAUAAAAUGGGCCACACCUGACAGUUUUAAAAAUCUGCGUUAGAAAUUAUCAGUGCAUUUCAAGUACAUUUGUCAUACCCAACUGAAAAGGAAAAGAAAACAAAACCAAAUUUUCUUCUCAUCUAUAAUUUUAAUUAUACUAAAACAUUAUCAAAUUCUGAUGGCAAAAGUCUGACUAACAUUCCUCUCGCUCCAAAGUAUCUUACAUCGUUGAUAGUUCUCAGUCACAAUCAAGUAUUGCUGGUAUAGUAAAUUAUUUCUAACACAAUUAUUUCCAUUUCUAUCACUUUCAGGACAAGUUGCUAUUUUUAGCCACAAAUGAUGCAGGGUUGGGACACCUCAAAGCAUUUUUUCAGCCUAGUUUUACUCUCUGCAAGGGAGUUGACUGACAGGUUUGGGGAAACUAGAUUACAAGAACAAUGCAGUUAGCUUUGAGAACUUAAUUCACACACUCUGGUUUGUUUCUAAAGUGAUACAUUUUUAAUGCUCCAUUUGUAUCCUUGUCUGCCAAUUACACAGUAUAUUACUGUUCAAACCCAGUGGGGUCUUCAAUCCAAAGGUGCUCUUGCAGCCUGACACAGACCAAACUGGUCAUUCUCUUUAGCAUGAUUCAGUAAAACCUCAGUUAAUGUUUUGGGAAAGAGAUUCUGAUUUAUUACAUUUCUGACUAACAAGGGCUUUCAUUAGAAAAUAAUUUUGGUUCAGUACUUAUUGAAAAUCUUUAUAAAAUAUAGCAGUGUUUUUGCUAUGCUGGCCUCAGUCACCAUUAUGCGCAACAGAAAUACACAGAGAGUUGAACAAUACAAAAUCAGUAAUUUUGUCAUAAACCAGAGGAUUCUGUCAGUAAAUACCAAAUACCUUUUCCUUAUUAAAAACUGUUUUCAAAAUGAAAUAAAGAAUAUCCUUAACAGGGUCAAAGGCAUCUCUCAUAACUCAGCAGACAACUAGAGACAAAACAAAACAAACACACCUACUCUCUCUAUUUAACGUAAGUCUAGGAGUCAAAAGUCGUAGAAAUCAAUAUAUGCCGAUGCUAGGACUCAUCCUAUAAUAUGUUGCUCCUUCGAAAAGAAUUUUUUUAAAGAAUUAAUGAGUUUGGUUUAUUGAAUUUCAAUUAAUCAAGAUCUUACUAGAUAUAUAUAUAUGUAUCUGUGUUUUAAGAAUCCACCAUUUUCCUAAAGGCCAGUUUAUUUUAAUAGCCAAUUAAAUAGUAUUGAAUAUUUCUUGGGUUUUUUAGAUUAUUUUUUAUUUUUAGUGAAUUUGUUUGAAGUGGUACUUCCUUUAAAUAUUCUUAGUAAUUUUGAGAAGAGCAGAGAUGUUUGAAAGAAGCAGCAAAUGUGUACCCAGAUGGCAUUUCUCAGUGUCCUUGAAUUCGCCUGAUUUCUCAUAAAACCUUCUCCAUGAAUCUCUCCAGACUCCCAUGAACAGCCUUGGGGUAACAAAACCUAACUUGGAAAUACAACAUGAUUCAUAAAAUUAUAUGGUAAGAAUAAUAAAGAACCUGAAGACUAGGAUAUGGGAAACACUGAUAGUCAGAUUGCAGUGCACUAUCAGUUUCAAGGACCCAGUUUUCUGAUUUUUCUGAAUAGAUAAUUUAUCAUUUCUAUAUUUUUAAAAAAUGUUAAAAAAAAUCUAAAAUAUUAGUUUAUUUUAAGAACAAUGAAACUCAGUUCAAAGUGGCAUUAAGUUCAAUGACUGUCUGUGAAGGCCCAGUAAGACGUGAGAUGACUUGUUCUUCACUAGGGUACUCCGCGGCGGGCUGCUCGCUGCACCCUCACUGCGGCACGUUCAGCAGCAUCUCUGGCCUCUGCGCACCAGAUGCCAGUAGCCGCCCCUGAGUGCUGGCGACCACGAACGUCUCCACCCAUUGCCCACACUACUCCCAAAUGCAAGCCACUGUUCCACAUCACUUAAAGACAGGCUGAGUGUGAAUAUAUAAUAUAUGUCUUGUAUAAAAUUGAAUGUCAUAAGUGCACAGUGUCUUAACGAGAGAAAUUAUUAUACCCAAAAUUACAAGUGUGGUUCAAUAUGCAAUAAAAUGCUAUUUUGGAGAAAGCUUAUAUGAAUCAGUGGAAAAAUAACAGUUACAGAAUAUUUUAAAGCAUACAGAGAAAAUACCAAAAAGGACAAGAGAGUGCUUCACAGAAGUGCUUAAAACUCUGGCUUUAAUGAAUAGAUCAAAAGUUAGCACAACUGGAAGUAAACAGGUGCUUCUGAAAUGCUUGUAAAGAAGAGAUUCUUUUUAAAUGUGUCUUUCAAUAUUGUUUUUAUAAGCCCUUUCAUAAUGUAAGGGUAACUUAAUCCCAUAAAUUCCUGAUUAGUGGAAUACAAAUUAAUGAGGUUUUACUGUAUCAAAAUUAUUUUUAUAAUUCAAAGAGAUAGCAAUAAUAAGAAUCUAAUGUGGAUGUGAUUUUUCUCUUUGAACUUUUCUAUUCCGUUGCACUCACCUUAGCACACGCGUGCACGCGUGCACCACCCCCCCCAUCAGCAUCACCGUCAGCACCACUGUCUCUGGCAAAUGAGUACUAUUAAUCCAUGUAAUUCUUUAAAUAUCUCUUAUCUACUCUUUAAAUGUCUUGCCUCUAUCUUAGAACAUAAGAAAAAUACUCUUAAUAACUUGGACAAUGAUAGAGAAAAGGACUCAGAGCCUAGUUGGCAUCAAAAUUACAUUCUGUCUGCCAAGGUAGCAUCAGAAAAUAAGGCUUGUAAACCACCGUCUCUACGGAUUGACUUUAUCUCCCUCUAACUCCUUCAGGUGAUGAGCCCUUCUUAUCCCAGGAGACAAUGGGCCUUUGCAUUCUGUUCAUCAGUGGGAAGGUAGACAUGUUUGUUUCUCUGGUUCUAAUAAUAAGCAAUAAUUCCUAUCCUGAAAUCAUCCAUUGACCCUGGGGUUUGGAAGAAAGAUGACUGAUUUAUCGUUUAUUUUAAUUCCUUACAAAAGCAGCACUACUGAUUUUGCUUCCUACAUAGACUACACUGAGACACAGACUUAGCAUCCCGGCCACCCUCACGGUCGUUGUCGGACCAGCUUUGGAAGGACAGCGACGUAGCUGAGUGAGAUGUUUUCCUGUAACUCAGUCACAAAGACGUUUUUCAGAUCUCAUCUAUCGCCUGUGAAUGAUUCUCAAGCUAGUAAAUCAGAAUCCAGGUCUCUAUUUCUCAAAGAUCUUCAGGGGGUUGCAAAGGAACACAAGCACAGCCAGAGUCCUUUCACGUGACCCACGUGUCUAGUUCUAAAGGUACGAUUUGUCAGCUACCUGCAUUAAGGGGGGACCGUUGCUUUGAACAAGGAAAAAAAAUGUAUGUGCCCUAGGUUGGUUGAAGAAAAUUAGGAUUAGCUCUUGGAGAAAUUGGUUGUAAGAUGUUUGGCAGAGGGAAAAGGAAGAGGGUCUAGAAAUGUAAACUAAAAAUCCGCUUCUUGGUUCAGGAUCCCUGGGAUAACCCAGGAGCAAACCCGUGCAAUUAUUCCUGCCCCUGUGGGCCCACAUCUUAACUCGCCACUUUCAUUCAGAGGGGCCGUGCCACAGGGACUCAGACAGUCCUGUCAGGCUCUGCUCUGCGCCUGGGGGGAGAAACACGGCAGCCUUCACAGCAUCCUCCCCUCGGCCCUUUGUAGCCUGGGCCAGGUGUGUGACAAGGUACUCUGUCAUAUACACACUGCCCCCAGUGCCUGAGUACUUGCCAGUACAUAGUAUGCUGGGAUACCACCAUUCCGGGGAGCAUGGUCGUCAUGUAGCAGGAUUAGCAUAUAUAUUUACAGACAACAUAACCCUGAAAGGAUGAAAUGCAGACCAGGUGAGGUCUGACUUGGGAAGGGGAGAGAGGAAGUGCCGAUCUGAUGCAAGGAUGUGGGGGUGAGGAGGAACAUGGAAGCCGAAGUGGAAAAGGCUUUGAUGAGGAACCACAAGCACUGAAAGGGUGCGUUUAUUUACAUAUUUAGGUAGGGAAGUGAUUUUCAACCUUGGCUGUUCAUAAGAAUCACCUAAGGAACUUUUAAAAUUCCCAAUUCUAUCAAAAUCUCUCAGAGUGGGAGCCAAACAUCAGUAUUUUUGAAAGCCCCCAACGUGGUUCCAGUGUCCAGCCAAACUGUAUAACCACAGUUUUAUGGCAGCUAAGGAGGCCCGUGAGUUCACCUUGGCUGGUGCUGGGCCCCACUUCUGCGGGGUUCAGGGGAGGCGAGACGUAGGAGAUGCAGCAAUGGCUCGACUGCUAUUUAUUUUAUGUCACAACCCAAAACAAAUGUUCUGUGCAAACUCUGACCAGAUGGUGCCCCAUUAACUCUUAAUAACAACUCCUUGUGGUUUUCUCCUUUGUGACUUGGCCAUUAAUUAUUCCAAUUCAAACAUCUAGGCUUUGAUUAUCUUAUACAUGUGACAUCACAGAACACCAGAAAUAGCAUAAAAAAUUCAGCAGCAUGUAAAGCUAAGUGGAAAACUAAUUCUCAAUAGUUUCUUAAUAGAAAUGCUCAAAACAAUCAUUUACUAAAUUAGGUCCAAAUUUAUUAUUCAUUCUUUGUUCAGAGGAGAAAUGGGUACCAGGUGCCUGUUCUGCGAUAGGUAUAUUUUCUUGAAUUUGAUCUCAGCGAGGGGGGAGAACAGCUCUUCCUUGAUUAUCGUCUUAGCUCCCAGGGCCACUCGGAUUCAUUUUCUUAGGAACUCGACUGUGUUUAAGGGGAGAAGAAUGCCUGUAACUCACUCUCUGGCCUCCAGUGCCCCUGAAAGAGUGCUCUCGCCUUCAAAAAGGGAGCGUCUGCCUGUCUGAGGCCACAACAGUCAGUGAGAAAAUUCGAGCGAGUCCUCUCCUCUCACACUGCUCCCCUCUAGUUUUGGCCCACCCUUCUCACUGCAAAGUCAGAAAAUAAAGUAGGUGGUGGUUUUGGACAAGUGUACACAAGAUCAAAAUCUCUAAUAACCUAUAAUUUUUAGUACUUAAUUAUGUGAUGUUUUACUCUAGGAAAUAAGAAACCGAUGAUAUCAUUGAUGUAUCUUUCUUUCAUCCUCAGAAUUUUUGCAUCUUUUCAGAAAAUGACAAAUUACUAUUUUUCUGUUGCACUCAGCAAUUGUGACUAUACUUAAAAUUCUUGUAGUCUGUAGAGAUAUCAAUAAAAUUGUAUAUGUUUGUACAUA